AUGGAUGCCCGUGAAUCCGCACAGGGUCGCAUUACCACCGAACGUCUCGCCCUCGUCCAGCACCAACUGACCCCGGCCCCGCUCUCCAGACCAUCUCCCACCCCCGCCAACAAACCAAUAAUCAUGGCCCGCGACCCCAUUACCUGCCAUUGUCUUAAUACGCUGACAGGCACUCCCGCUGCUAAUCUGCCGGUGACCUUGACGCUACUCUCUUCAUCCACCCCGGUCACCUUCCACGCGACCACCAACGCCGACGGUCGUGUCGCUCAGUGGACGCCCACUGGCGGGGCCGCAACCUCCGUGCCCAAACUCCUAGAGGCUCUUCCCACCGCUGAAAGCAAGACCAACUGGGCGGUGCGCUUUGAGGUCGGCCCCUGGUACGAAGCGCAGGGUAUCGAGAGCUUCUGGCCCGAGGUCGAGGUCAAGUUCACCGUCAAGGGCCGCGGCCGCGAGGGCGAGGAGGGCUGGCGCCACUACCACGUGCCGGUACUGCUAGGACCUUGGAACUAUUCGACCUAUCGUGGGUCAUAA